AUGAACGCCUUUAUUCUCCUCUCUCUUCUUCUUGUCGGAUUUGUCACUUGCCAAUUUGGAGGGUUCGGAUUCGGAGGGCAGCAGCAGUUCGGAGGACGCGGUGGACAAUUCGGUGGACAACAACGCGGACAGUUCGGUAAUCGCGGAUUCCAAGGACAACAAGGAGGCCAGUGGGGACAACAAGGAGGUAGAUUCGGCGGUCAGCAAGGUUUCCAAGGUCGUGGUGGACAAUUUGGAGGGCAACAGCAAUUCGGUGGAAGAGGUGGACAGUUCGGUGGACAGCAAAACUUUGGAGGGCGUGGUGGAUUCGGAGGAUGGGGGAGAAAAUAA